AACCCUUUAGUUUUAGUCACUAUCAAAUCCUGGGUUUUAACCAGUAAAACUAGGGUUUUGGUCGAAGGUUUCCUGGUAGUGUUAGCAAUGUAGCACGGAGGAGAGUGCUUGUGAAGCCGGUGCUAAUUCCAGGGUUUUAAGUGGUCUAAAAUAUUGGGUUUUGUUUAAUAUGUUACAAAGUAAGUCAUGGAGGAGCGAGGAUAUUAGAAAUUCUAAAAUCCUAUUCCCAGGCUUAAAGGAGAGAGAGUGACUGAAUUUGAUCGUCUUCAAUCCGCUCUCAAUGGAGAGUCAGCUGUGCUGUUUUGAGAACAUCUAUAUUUAAACCCUUGGAAGAGCAUGCUGCUAAAUUUGAGCAAGAAAAACUAGAUGUGAUGAGAGGGAUCGAAAGAGGCUUAAUUUGUCCCUGUCCUUGAGGGCAAUUGAAUUGACACUCAAAUGUCACAAUUGAAGAAACAGUCAUGAAAGGGCAGGGAGAACCAGAAACACCUAAGGCUUCAAGUGCUUCCAGAUUGGCAUCACCUCAACAUUGGCAUACAGAUGGAGCUAGUUCAGAUAAGCUCACCAUAGAUCACAAUAUAGACACACUUAUUAGAUGCUUCAGAAAAUCUCAUAUCAGUUACUUUCAAUUGCGCCGUAUAAUGAUUGAUAUGGAAUCAUCUAACAAGAGCCAUGAAGUUAUAAAGAGAGCAAAGAGUAUGUUGGCCACAGAGUGGGACUAUGAGUUGGCUGCAUUAAUAGAAGCAGAUGCUAAGAGUGAUGAAGUCAUUGCCAGAUUGGAAGUGCAGCUCUCAAAGCAUGAUGCACUGCAAACUGAAGUAGUAGAGGGGGCUGCACAAAGUGUGAGAAAGUGGGUUGAAGAAAAGGAGGCAGCCUUAAAUGCAGCUCAAAAGCAUGUCGCUACUUUGUGUAACUUUUUGAAGGAGGCUCAAUGUGAGAUAGAUAAGGCAAGAUCAGAGGCAUCGAGGGCACAAGAGGAGGAAUUGAGAGCACAAGCCAAGGUUGACGAUCUAAGUCAUUAUUUAAGGGAGACACAAGAGGAAGCAUCUAGAGCAACUGCUGAGGUUAAGGAGGCUCACUGUCAAAGAGAGGCAGCUCAAAAGGAGGCAUUAAGGGCAAAGACCAAAGUUAAGGAGAUGGGCUUUCAGAUAUUGGCAACUCAAAAAGAUUCAUCAAAGGCACAAGCCAAAAUUAAGGAGAUGGGCUUUCAGAUAGAGGAGGCUCAAGCAAAGGAACAAAGGGCAUUGGCCAUGGUUAAGCAGGUGACCAAGGUGGCCCAAGUGGAGGCCUCGAGGGCUCAGGCUGAAAUUCAGGAGGCACAUCGUCAAAUAGAAGGUGCGCGAGCAAAGGCCUCGGCGAUGCAAAUAAAGGUUGAGGGGGCGCAAUGUGAGACAAAGGCAGCUCAUGCAGAGGCAUUAAGAGCAAAAUCCGAGGUUAAGAAAGCACAAAGUGAGACAGAAGCGAUACGAGCAGAGUUGUUAAGGGCACAAUCUGAGGUUAAAGAGGCGCAUUGUGAGAUGGAGGUGGCACAAGCAGAUGCAUUAAGGGCUCAAGCUGAGGUUAAGGAGGCACUCUGUCGGAUAGAGAAGAUGCAAGAUGAGGCAUCAAGAGCACAGGACGAGGUUGACAGGCUUAGGAGGGAGCUUAAGAAUGCAAAGAGCCAAGCAAUGUGGGUCAGCUGCAUAGAUCACAUCAGCCUCAUUGCCGAACACAAGGGCCAGAACUCAGCAUUAUGCCAUGCUCUUGCUUGCUCAGAGGGCAGAUUGGGGACCCAUUCAAAGAGCCGAAUUCUUUCUAUGAGUGAGACACAACAAGCCAUACUGAGCUCACCAACCCACAAUAGUGAGGAAGAGGGUCCAUCUUCUUCAGUGCCUUCAAGUGAAACCCAAGUGGUAGACCAUUCUGUUGCCAUUUUGCCUGAAUCGAUGCCUCAUUUGCUUUAUGAUCAAGGUUACUCUCAAGAUAUUAGAAUGGAGGCCUUUUUUCCUAAGUCAAUCCCUCAUGUUUUUGAGCAUUAUGGUGACUCUCAAGGUAUUGCAUUGGAGGAUAUUAGCUCUGAGUCCUCUUCCUUGGGGAAGAGGAAAAGGGCUAAUUAACCAUAUUACCUUGUCUUUUUUGCCUAAGUAUACCAUAGUCUAACUAUCCAAUGGAUUACAGUAAUGUGCCACCCAUAAUUACAGUUCUUUGGUAGGGGAUUAAUUGGAAUAAUGACUAGAGACAGGGUCCAGUUAAUCUACAACCCAUUCCUCAAUUGGAAGCAGUGGAUAUAGCCUUGGGAUGUCAUAUAGCAUUGUCCAUUGGACUAUCUUAUUUUGAGAGUAGAAUAUACUUCUUUGUUUCUUUACAAUGGUUCAAACUUUUGUAUCUGAAUUAGAUACUUCACUAGUUUUGUACAUAUAUAUGCUUUGUAUCUGACUCAUAUACUGUACAUUUUGUACAUAUA